CAAACCGCGCGUAUUAAGGAAUUAUGACUUUAGUCGUGAAGAAAUAUUGCGUUCUUGUACGUAAUUUAUUGUAAUAACUUUUACAUAAUUAAUAAUGUAUGUACUUAGCUGUUAAAUAUUUUUAAAAUAAUUAACACACAGCUUGAGUGUGGAAGAUGAACGAGGACAUAAAUGUUACGUUUAUCAUACCGGAAGAAUGUCGUAGUGAAAAUGAUUGUUCUGAAGAAAUGCAACUGGCUUUUACCGCCUGUGAACAACAUAGCGGCGGAGGAAUAAAAGCAAAAUGGGUACAACAGGCUUUAUGGCGGAAAUUUGACAAUCUGACGAAAAGAGAUGUUUUCGUACUAUCGAAGUUUGAAGGAGAAUUCUUCGAAAAAUUAAAGAGUACCAAGUGUUUACUGGUUGGUCCACGUUGUCUAUCAUGCUGCCUGAUGGAAGGCAGCCCUAUCCCUUCAGGCCCCGAACCUGUAUUCACGAUAGCUAUGAGGGGACUUGUCGUAACAGCGAGUGGACUGUCAAAAGAACAAAAGGAAAGAAUUAAACAAAAAGUUCAAUGGAUGGGUGGUUUGUACAGCACUGUGUUGACAGAAGAUACUACACAUCUCGUCUCUGACACUGUCCUAUCAGAUAAAUAUAUAAAAUCAGUUGAAAGAGAUAUACCAGUUAUGUGUGAGACAUGGGUGGAUGCCGUCUGGGAAGCGUCGUUGCGUCUUAAUGUCAAUGGAACAUCAUCUGAGUUCCAUCAGUAUAAACUUCCAGCAUUUGCUAACUUAGAGAUUACAACAUCAGGUAUAGCCAAGAAGGAGAAGCAGCAAAUAAUGAAGCUUGUGAAUGAGAAUGGUGGAGUGUUUUCGGGAGCGUUUCAGAGCGAGACAACAGAUGUUGUAGUACUUACCAAGGACGGCAUCGGCAGCGAGAAGUACAAGGCGGCGGUGGAGUACGGCAAGGCGUGCGUGGUGCCGGAGUGGGUGCGGGCGAGCGCGGCGCGCGGCGCGUGCGCGGCGCUGGCGCGCUACCGCGUGGUCGGCGCCGCCACGUCCAGCCCGCUCGCCGCGCGCGCGCCAGACAUAAGUUUGAAUUUUUCUCGUAUAACAAAUGCAAAGCCACCAAACAACUUUGUGGACGAGAGUCGAGCGGUCGACAUGUCUACAAUAUCCGGACGAAUGAAGCUAUCUCAAGAGGGUAGAAAAUCGCACGAUACAUCAUUCGACAGGGAAAUAGUAGCAGAGUUCGAGAAUUUUGACAUGAGUUGUAUUAAGAAGGCCGGACCUAUUUUCGAUGGAUUUUGUAUCUGGGUGUCGGGGCUGGAGGGCGCGAGCCGCGAGCGCGCGGCGGCGGCCGUGGCGCGCUGCGGCGGCGUGCGCUACGACGCGCCGCACCCGCGCGUCACGCACGCGCUCUGCACGCGCGCCGCCGCGCCCGCCGCGCGCGCCGCGCUGCCCGCCGUGCCCGUGCUGUCCGCGCUGUGGCUGCUGCGCUCCGUGCGCGCCGCGCGCGCGCUCGACGAGACCGAGUACCUCAUCGAAUCUAACUCGAUGACGCCAGUGAAGUCGAGCGCCCGGAAGCCUCACAUCGAGGCCGCGUCCCCUAUGAGCAAGCGUAACUUGCAAUUGCUCCGGCGGGGCCCGCUGGAGCUCCCUCCGCCGAUGCCGGAGCGUCCUCAGCCCGCGGAGCCUCAGGAUGAACUUGUCAACCAUUAUUUGAGCCAAAUAGUACCUGAACCACAGGAAAAGACACCAGAGCCAGUUCCCGAACCAGUUCCACAACAAGAGCCAGAUGUUACCGAGGAUAUGGUCGAUGAGCCUACUGAAGAAAUUGAACAGAUAUUUAGAGGUAUGAAGAUCGAGGUGCACGGGCUGGACGAGGAGGCGGUGGCGGAGGUGGGCGCGGAGGUGUCGGCGGCGGGCGGCGCGCUGGUGGCGGCGGGCGCGGGCGCGGCGCUGGCGCUCGUGCCGCUCGACUGGGACGUGCCCUGCGCGCUCGACCUCGUCACCGUCUUCUGGAUCAAAGACUGUCUCUCCCAACAAGAGUUGCUACCCAUACAAUACUACCAUCGGCCCGUGAAGCUGCCGCAGUGGGAGGGGGCGGGGCCCUUAGAGGGCGUCGUGGCCAGUCUAAGCACAUACAGUGGGGUCGAAAGAGCGUUUUUGGACGAAUUGGCAAAAUUGCUAGGCGCUACUACCCAGCUUCGCUUCUGCCGCCGUAACACCGCGAAUGCCCUGGCGUCCACGCAUUUGAUCUGUCCGUCGGCGUCGGGCGAUAAAUACCAGGGGGCGGUGAAGUGGUCGCUGCCGGCCGUCACCGCCGACUGGCUGCUGCAGUGCGCGUGCGAGGGACGCCGAGUUAGCGAGCGGGACUAUUUGGUGGGCGACACUAAAGCGCCACCAUCACCCGAACCGCCUCAAAAGCAGAUUGCCCAACCCGAAGAACCCGAGCUGGCACCGCCCCCUGGCGCGCAGACCGACAAAGAGAACGCCAUGCUCCCGCCGGCCGCCAGCGCGCCGCGACGCGGCUCCGCGGCGAGUCGAGAACAGACCCCGAAGGGUAAAGCUGGUAGUGAUGGCGAUACUGACAUGUCGCCAGCUUCUCGCUACAUAGCAAUGGCUCGGCAAGGUCUCUUGGGUUGCGAUUCGCAGGAAACUCCCAAGCGACUGCAGGAACUCAAAGGGGAUGAUAACCAAGGUGAAGUCCGAACUCCCCCCCUAGACGACGCACUAUCGACCCCCAAUCUAAUGGGUCUGAGUCCCACAACCCGAAGGAGACUGCAAGCUGUGAGACGAGGCGAGAUGCCCUCUGAUCCCAUACGGACACCGGUCGAUCCUUUCGACAAAAAUCCAGACACGCCUGAUAGUGCGUUUGGAGCGGCUCUGCGUCCCGGGUCAGGGCGUCUCUCCCCCGAGGCGAGGAAACGGCUCUGGAAGGUCGUCCACGAUUUACCAUCAAAGCAACAACAACCCACGAGAGACAAGCAAACCCCGCUGUCGGAGAUCCGCAACCGUUUCCUGUUGCAGUUCGCGUCGAGUGCGACCACACCUCCGGCAGACCUGCCCGCCGUGCCGAGGAAGCUACAGUUACACGACCAAGUCGAUACUCCACCUUCGAAGAUAGCGAAGCUAUCCAUAGAUCAAAGCGCCGGCGGUCUCAACGCGAGUGAAGCGACCGAAAACGCCAUGGCCGCGUCCAGCGCUUCCAUCGCUGCGGGCGCGCUGGUCGCCGGCGUGGACGUGCAGUUGCAGCGGCUUAACGCAGCGCUCACUGGCAGGCUCAGCUCACAGCGAAAGAGGACACGUGACUCCAUUGCAUCGAAUCCAGAACCGGCCAACGUAGAAGUGGAAGCGGGACCGGAGUCGCAACCGAACACAGUGGGCUGGGACGACUCCACUCCGCCCGCCCCUCAACAGCAGGACAACGCUCCCCCGAUCAAGAAAUUCAUGCUGUCUUCCAAUGUCGACAAUCGUGAAGAAAUCAUCGAAAUGAUUCUAUACUUAGGCGGCGAAGUGUGCGACGGUGCCGAGCUGGACUUGGAAGCGACACAUUUACUCUGCUCGGCGCCCGGCAGGAGCGAGAAGAUGCUGGGGUCGGUGGCGGCCGGGAAGUGGGUGCUGCAUCCCGCAUACGUCGCGAGGAGCCGACAGGCGGGGAGGUUCCUGGAAGAGGACGAGUUCGAGUGGGGCAACCCCCGCGCGGGCGCGCUGCCGGCGCUGUCGGGCGCGGAGCGGGCGCUGGCGCGCGCGGCGCACCGCUGGCGCCAGCAGCGCGCCCGCCGCGCCGCCGCGCCCUUCGCCGCCACGCGCGCGCUGCUGCACGUGCCCGCGCCGCGCCGCCGCCUGCUGGCGCGCCUGCUGCUGGCCGGCGGCGGGGAGACCGUCGACGACGAGCCUCCCUACACUAACGACAACAUAACAGUUUGCUUCGCUGACAUAAAGCGAUACCCGCUGUCCGAUAGAGACGCAGCCUGGCUCAUAUCGAAGCGCAUACCAGUAUGUCCCCCAGUCCUCCUAAGCUCCUAUCUGACUGAGGACGUGCCGCCAAACCCGAUUGAACAUUGUAUACCGGAAUAUAGACCUAAAUAAUAUAAUUAUAGCUAAUUUUAGUGUUGACAAUAAUGUGUAUAAUAAAAUAUCUAUUAUUACGUGUCUUCUUUAUUUUUAUGGU